UCAGAUCAAUUCCAUUCUCUCCCCGUUGUCCUCUGAUGGAACCCAUUUCUUCCUAUUCUUUGUUCUGCAUUUCCUCAAACUUCGUGAUGGAAUCUGUCUUUUACUUCUCUCUCACUUCUCUCUUGUUUUCUUCCAUCUCUGCCUACACGUUCUCGGAAUCUAUCAAUCCAAAUUUCACUGCUUCAUAUCUUCAGUUCAUUGACCGCUCUGGCACCUUCUUGACAUCCCGCAAUGGAACAUUCGAGGCUGCUAUAUUCAAUCCUGGCGAUCAACAAUCCAGAUUCUACUUUUGUGUCUUCCAUGUGGCAUCCCACACCAUCAUCUGGUCGGCUAAUCGUGAAGCUCCCAUCUCAAAUUCUGAUACGAUGAACCUAACUACGAAAGGGAUCACUAUUUUUGAUCACGAUGGAAGCCUCAAAUGGUCAACCCCACCAUUGAAAUCAGCAGUAUCAGCAUUACAACUAACUGAAACGGGCAAUCUCGUCUUACUCGAUCAUUCCAAUGGUUCUCUCUGGGAAAGCUUCCAGCAUCCAACAGACACAAUUGUUAUUGGACAGCGCUUACCUGUUCGAACAUGGCUGUCAAGUGCGAUAUCAGGGUCUGACUUGUCAACUGGGGAUUACAACUUAAGUAUCACUCCGUCUGACGCAAUACUUCAGUGGCAUGGCCAGACAUACUGGAGGUUGUCGAUGGCCAAAAAUGCCUUCAAGGAUUCAAAUUAUAUGGUCGAAUACAUGGCUAUAAACAGAACAGCUCUCGAUCUUUUUGGAAGUAAUGGAACAGUGACUGUGUUUAGGGUGGUCUUGCCGAUGGCUGAUUUCCGAAUUGCCAAGUUGGCCGUUAAUGGCCAGUUUACCGUCCAAAGCUUUUCCGGAACUAACUGGGUCCAGGAAUUUGUGGGGCCGGAUGAUGGUUGUGACACUCCCUUUAUUUGUGGCAGAUUGGGAUUAUGCACUCAUGGCACUGCGUCCUCGGCACCUACUUGUUCUUGUCCCUCAAACUUCAAUGCAGGCUCAAGUAAUGUUCGUGGUUGUGUGCCUAGCAAUGCUUCUUAUUCCUUGCCAUUUGCGUGCAAAUCAUCUGGUUAUGAUAGUACAUCAAAUUCUUCAGCUGUUUCAUAUUUGAAACUCGGGAAUGGUAUGGAGUACUUUAGCAAUACCUACUCUAACACCGUGACAUAUGUAGAGAACUCAACUAUUUGCCAAGAUCUGUGUUCUUGGAAUUGUUCGUGCUUGGGAUUUUUCUAUGAAAAUACGACUGGAUCCUGCUCUAUGCUUGAAAAUGAGCUGGGGUCUAUUUUGUCAGGUAGUGGAGGUACAAGUAACUCGUCGGGCUACAUAAAAGUUGUUGUUGAAUCUGCUACUGAUAUUGACGAUCCUACUUCUGAAGAAGAGGGGCUUCCUGUGGCUGUUCUGGUGCUAAUACCUCUUACUGGAUUCAUUAUUGCUUUGGCUCUCGGUUUCCUCUGGCUCAGAAGAUAUAGAAUCUCCAAGGGAGAAGAGAUAAAAUUAGGCAAGUUCAAAUCGCAUUCUUCAGAGGACCUGGAGGCAUUCCAUAUUCCAGGCUUACCUAAAAGGUUUGAUUAUGAAGAACUUGUGGAGGCUACUGAUGGUUUUAAGACUCUGAUCGGUUCAGGUGGGUUUGGUGCGGUGUUCAAGGGACAACUACCUGAUAAGACCGUUGUGGCGGUAAAGAAAAUAGUAAAUUUGGGAAAUCAGGGGAAAAAGGAUUUCUGCACUGAGAUUGCAAUUAUUGGAAAUAUUCAUCACGUUAAUUUGGUGAAACUGAAAGGCUUUUGUGCUGAAGGAAGACAACGUCUGUUGAUUUAUGAGUACAUGAAUCGUGGCUCCCUGGAUCGCACGCUCUUUGGUGGCGGACCAGUCUUGGAAUGGCAGGAGAGGGUUGAUAUAGCACUGGGAACAGCGCGAGGGCUGGCCUAUCUACACGGCGGGUGUGAGCAAAAGAUCAUUCACUGUGAUAUCAAACCUGAGAACAUUCUUUUGCACGAUCACUUCCAGGCAAAGAUAUCGGAUUUUGGACUCUCAAAACUCCUCAGCCCCGAACAGUCUGGUUUAUUCACAACCAUGAGAGGCACAAGAGGCUAUCUAGCUCCGGAGUGGCUUACGAACUCGGCAAUCACAGAGAAAACUGAUGUUUAUAGUUUUGGAAUGGUAUUGCUUGAACUAGUGAGUGGAAGAAAAAAUUGUUCUGUGGGGUCACAAAGCCCAAGCAAGGACGAGAGCAGCAGCUGCCGUUCAGGGACGUCAUCGGUGACAGGACUGGUUUAUUUUCCACUAUUUGCGUUGGAGAUGCAUGAGCAAGGCAGGUACCUUGAGUUGGCUGACCCAAGGCUGGAAGGGCGGGUUUCAAAUGACGAGGUGGAGAAACUAGUGCGUAUAGCCUUGUGCUGUGUUCACGAAGAACCGGCGCUGAGGCCAAACAUGGCUGCUGUUGUUGGCAUGCUGGAAGGCGGGACUCCAAUGGCCCAGCCAAGGAUUGAAUCUUUGAAUUUCUUGCGCUUUUAUGGGCGUACUUUUACAGAGGCUUCCAUGCUAGCUGAGGAAAAACCCGCGUAUCAACAAGCACAGAAACAUUCAGCUACCACUAGCGGUUCUCAAACUGCGUUUUCUUACGUUUCUUCACAUGAUAUCUCAGGGCCUAGAUAAUGUCUGCAUGUAUAGUACAUCAUUGUAAUUGUACAGGACCCUCUACCAUGGUUCUUAUAUCUUGCCACAAGGAGAGGUUGUUUUGAUUCAUAUCAUUCUAGUGCAUUCAAUCUGUGAUGCCGCUACUUUACCCUGGUUCUAAUUA